AUGGCAGUUGAGCAUGUCAAAGCUUCCGUUCUUCAUAGCCCGAAGGAACUUCGUUUGGAAGAGCGUGAGCUUCCUAAUCCCGCUAGCAACGAAGACCAGAUCGCUGUUCAGUCCACCGGUCUCGGCGGCCCCGAUCUCCACUACUACAGCCACUUCCGCAACGGCGACAUCAUCGUUCGCGAGCCCCUCACUCUCGACCAUGGGUCUGCUGGCACAAUUAUCUCUGUCGGCUCAGAAGUCACAUGUCUCAAGCCCGGCGACCAUGUCGCUCUCGAGUUCCGUAGCUCAGCCAAGGCGACCCCUCAUGCGCAGGGAACACUUCAAUGGGGUAUUAAUCACCCUGCCAAGUGGUGCCAUAAGAUGCCCGACCAUAUUACUCUCGAUCUCGGCGCUCUCGUUGAGCCUCUUUCAGUUGCUAUGCAUGCCAGAGACCGUGCCGCUCUUCCUAAACGCUCAACCGUUCUUAUUCUCGGCGCCGGCGCUGUCGGUCUGCUGGCAGCCGCUAUCGUCAAGGUCGACCAGGCCAAAACUGUCAUUAUCGCCGACAUCCUCAAGGACCGUCUUGACUUUGCUACCGCCAACGGUUUUGCCGAUGCUUCCGUACUAGUUCCCAUGGAGCGCCCACAAACCAUGGAGGACAAGCUCACCUUUGAUCAGACGGUGGCUGCUCUGGUUAAGGAGACUAGGGCUAACGGUGAGGCUGUUGGUGAGGUCACGGCUGUCUAUCAGUGCACUGGUGUUGAGACAUCCUGGAGGCGAGGCGAGGUCAUGAUAAUCGGUAUGGGCACACCUGUGCUUACCAUCCCUAUCUCAGCGGCCGCCCACAGCGAAGUCGACAUUGUUGGUGUCUUCCGCUACGCAAACACAUACAAGGACAUCAUCGAGCUCCUUGCCAACCCUCCAGCAAACAUGCCCGAUGUUAUCCGUCACCCAAAGAUAUAA